UCAAAAGUCAAAAAGAAUAAAGAGAGAGGAGAGUGAACUCAAUACUACUAUUUGAGCUCGCGUUCGAAAUUUUGGGUCCGAAUUUUCUUGAGUUGGUGUGAAGUAGAAAGAAAAUCACAGGCAUAAUGGUGCUCAUAACCGAAGAAAUUAUCCAACAGUUUGAAAUCCUCAUGGAAAAAGUUGAUGAGCCAUUGAAGAAGACUUUCCAGAACAUGGAUUAUGGGCAUGAACGGGAGACGUUGGUGAGAUUUCUCAACGCAAGGGAAGGGAAUAUUUCAAACGCACAUAAAAUGCUUAUGGAAUGUUUAUCCUGGAGGAUACAAAACAAAAUCGAUGACAUACUGGCGAGACCAAUAAAUCCCAUUGAGUUUUAUAGAGGAAUACGAGAUUCUCAGCUUAUCGGAAUGUGCGGAUACUCGAAAGAGGGCCAUCCUGUCAUUGUCGUUGGGGUAGGGCGAAGCACAUAUGACAAGGCAUCUAAUCAUUAUUAUAUCCAAUCACAUAUCCAAGUGAACGAGUAUAGAGAUCGUGUGAUAUUGCCUUCUGCAACAAAGAAAUUUGGCCGCUACAUAGGCACAUGCGUCAAGAUUCUGGACAUGACUGGUCUAAAGUUUUCUGCAAUGAAUCAUCUCAAGUUAUUGUCGGCAAUAUCCACCAUCGAUGACCUGAACUACCCUGAGAAAACAGAAACUUAUUACAUAGUCAACGCUCCAUAUAUAUUCUCAGCAUGUUGGAAGGUCGUGAAACCCCUUCUGCGGGAGAGGACAAGGAAAAAGGUGCAAGUUCUUUCAGGGUGUGGAAGAGAGGAAUUAUUAAAGAUCAUGGACUAUGAAUCUCUCCCACAGUUUUGUAGAAAAGAAGGCUCGGGCUCAUCUCGAGGAGAUGGAAAAGUUAGUGAUUGUUUUUCAUUGGAUCACCCCUUCCAUCAGCAGCUCUGUAACUAUGUGAAGGAGCAAGCUGCACGAGUUGGCCUCACUACACCAGUGAGACACGGUUCAUUCCAUGUGGAUUGUCCAGAGCCUGAUCCAGCUGAUGUAAAAAUUGCUGAAACUAUAGAAUGUGAGUUUCAAAGACUGGGGAAUCAAAAUGGCCUUUCCCACUCAUCAUCAUGCGAGCUUAAGGUAAAUGGUGACUGAAUUUGGCGCGACCACACUACUGUUUUAUAGCUGAAGCCUUGGAUCGUCAUAGAACGUUGGCAUUGUCUCGAAUUUGAUGCAGUUCUUUUUUGGGGCUUGAGCUGCCCAUCAUCAGGUCACUGGAAUGUUGCAAUAUUUGAAAAUGCUGAGUUCGAUGAAUUUGUUGUGUAGUGUAUUGUUGUAGUAUUGGAUAUAAUAUGGUGGUUUCUUGAAUUUAUAUAGAAUAAUAGAAUGCAUAUUCACCGAUUAUUGAAUGCAUAUUUCUUUCUUC